CUUGGUCUGCUGUUGUUCAAACUUGUUUGGUUGCGAGGUUGCUGCUUUCCUCUGGUGGUAUGAUGUCGAUUGUGUUGUCAAUUUAGUUCAAAAAUAUGGCAGAAGAGGAAAUACUUGCUGUUGGAAGGUCAAAUGCUGCUGAUGAAAAAUUUGAUCACACUGUGGGUGCUUUAGAAGAUAUUGUCAUGGAUGAUGGAUUUCAAGAUUUACAAGACACAUUCAUGGAAAAAUAUUAUCAAGAGUUUGAAGACACAGAAGAAAAUAAACUGGUUUAUAUGGAUAUCUUCAAGGAAUAUACUGACAUGUUAGAACAGCAUAUUGAACAACAUUUGACUGAAAAAAUUCCUAGUUUCUCAAUGGAUGAAUUCCAAAAAAAUAUCAUGUCUAGAAGAGAUCAAAUAGAUUUAGAGAUAUUUGAUAUGCUGCAAACGAUGAGUGAUUUUCUUGAAUUCAAACAGAUGUUCCUUAACUACAAAGCUAUGAAGGAAGGAAAGAUGGUAGAUUUAAGCCAAGGAAUUGUUGUAAAACACUUUGAGAGUUCAGAUGAUACAGACAUCAAUAUGGACAGCAAUAUUGACAUAACCACACAGUUUCAUUCAGCAUAAUGAACUGGGGAAAUCAACUGUUCUUGCUAACAAGUAAUGAAUGCAGUCAAGUUUGGCUGUGAUUGCAUAAAGUACAGCCAGAGAAUGCAUGGUAUCCUGAACAAAGACAUUGCUUUAUAAAAAGCAUAUAAUCACACAUAAGCAGUGAUAUCUGGCUGAAUUUCUAUUUCAGAACUAUUACUUAAAUUAUCUUUCCUUCUCACUUCAUUCUUUUGGCCAGUGAGAUUCCUUUGUGGUCAUGUUUUCACACUUUGUGAAUAUCAUUAACCGUGUAUCAACUGUUACACCUUAUGGUAUCUUUGAACAUAUGUUGAAGUUUAUAGUUUGUAUUCAUUUACUAAUAUACUUUAUUGAAAAGUUUUUGAAAAUUGUUAGAAGUAGCUGGAUAGAACUGCAGAUAGAUUUAAAAGGCUCAUUUUCAUAACCUAGAAUUGGCAAGUUGUAUAUAAUUUCAAAGAAGCACAAUGGAAAGGUUUUCAAUUUGUUAUGAUUUUUGUUUCUCUUCUCAA